CAUGAAAAUACUUCGUUUGUUUUUGAUUUUCCUAUAAUAGUAACAUUUGACAUUCCCGGCCUUCCAUACUUUAUACUUUCUAUAUCUAAUAAGUAUCUGCACGUGAUCUAUAACACCCAAUCACAGCACUGGUUACUUCUUGGUCAAAAUUUCAAAAUGGCUUUGUUUACAUAGGUACCUCAUUUAUACUUGUGCAUAUAUAUAUUUUUUGGACUGGAAAUUAUACAUUUUCCAGGAUGAUGAAACUAUGAUGUCAUUAUGAUGCCAAUUUGAUGAUGCUUAUUAUGAUACAUGAUUAUGAUGACACAUAUUAAAAGUCUGCAAACAAAAAUUUGUCAUCGUCCUUAAAGGAACCCAUACCAUGUAACAUCUAAAAGCUAGUCGGAAAUACAUCACCAGAGGAAAUAAAAUCCAAUCAAAUCAAUUACAAAAUAUAGUAAUAAAGAGGGGCGGUGAUAAUGGCGCCCAACAUUUUCAGCAGACUGUACAUAAUAGUGCACAUAACUGAGAUGACUAUAUGGAAUUUCAUAUUCCAUUAAAUUGUACAAGAGCAUUUUGAGACUGUUGGACUAACAAAUAAAUGGAAACUUUUAUACGGAUGCCGGCAGGAAUCUACAUUCAGGAUCUUAGGCCUACCACGAUGGAAAAGACUGGAGUAUUAGGAGGAAUUCUGAGGAUUUAGGAACAGUGACAUUCUGUGUUUCAGAGAAAGGAAGUGUUGUACUUUUGUGGCGUUUUGAUAACGCAGUGUUUAAUUAUUAUUAUUUGGAAUAAUUUUGGAUUGUGUGACGAUGAAUAUGUGAGUUGAAUUUUCUUUAUAUGUAUUAUUUUUGUUGUGCGGUAAAUUAUUUUUGUAUCAGUUAAUUUCUGAUUUUUGAGUAAGCCAUACUUUUCAUAAAGAAGCUGAAUAUUUUGCAUACAUAUUGUGUUGAAGAAGUGACCAUCACAUAUUAACACAGACUAAUUGCAUGCAAAUCCCCCUACUAUUUUCUUUCUGUAAAUCUACGUUGAAGUGAAUCCUUACAUUAUUGCCAGGCCAUAUUGAUUUUUUUCAUUGAAAACAGGACUUAGUUUCUGGAGCUAACACGAUUGAUAUUGUUGAAAUACCCCGCUUUAAUUUCCGAUACUUCUCGGAUUAGUAAUGACCCGAUAAGAUAUACUGUCCUAGUCAGUCGUCCCUGUAGCCCAGUGGUAGUGAUUGGCGCAAUCAGAUCUCAAAGAUCACGGAUCGAGUCGCGGACGGAGCAAAAUUUUUUUUCCAAAUCGGAAAGAAAAAGUUUUUCUAUCAGUGAAAAAUAAAUCCUUGCAAGGUAAAUUAAGAUUUUUUUCGCGUGUUUUUUGUGAUCAAAGUAAAUAGUUGCAAUAUAACUAUUGCAAAAUUUACUUGAUAUCGUGUCGUUUUAACGGGUCGCGCGAAACACAUACAUUUUCCGUAAUACUUUACAGACAUCACAUACACAUACAAUAUUUCACAACACAGAAAAAAAAAUCAUGAAAGUGAAUUAAAUGAAAUCUUGAACACAUUGAAAACACGUACAUGUAAAUAGUGAAUACAUAUUGUAAGAAAUAGUUCGUAUGCAUAGAAGUAGUAUAUGUGAACUGAAAUAUGAAAACAAUACAGGGAAAGACUGAAAUUAUUGAAAAUUUGAAUUAGUAUAUUGAAUGAAACAAGAAAAUACUUGUACAAAAACUACGGAACACAAGAAGAAACAUCAGUAUAUUGAAAUAAAACGAAAGUAGUGAAAAUUUCAGUGUAAAUAAAAGACUGCAAAUAUACAUAAAUACUGAAAAUAUAUAUAAAUUCUGCAAAGUUGUAAAAGUACGGCGUACAAAAAGAGACACGCACCGCACACGGAUUAAUUAAAAGACAUAAUCAUUGUUUUAUAUUGACCGGAGUGGAGGAAUUGAUAGGAUAUACACAUUGAGAAUUUGAUUAUUAUCUAAUUGAAAUAAAGUAGGAAAGAACGGCCACGAAAUAUCGAGCAAAUGUGAAGAGACUUUGAAAUUGAAAGUGAAGUUAGAGACAGUGAAAACAUUACACAUAGUCAAUAAUGGCAUCGAAUUUGCCUGAAAGAGAAUUAAGAAGGAUCGACAGAGAAAGGCGAAAGGAAGAAGAUAGAGUACAAAUGGAGAAAGAUAAAAGACGUCAGAAAAAGGAAGACGAACAUAAACGUUUAAUGGAUGAAAGAGAAAGUAAAAUGGUAGAAUUACAAAAGCAGAGAGAAAAGUUGUUAGAGAAAAGGCGUAAAUAUAAGGAGAAACGUCAGCUAAUGUUAGAUAUGGAUAAGAAUAGAAAGGAAAGAGAAAAGUUAGAAAAAGAAAUGAAAGAUGUAUCAGUAAAUGAAAGUAUGGUGUAUGAUGAUGACUACAGUGAUACGGGUGAAAAAUAUAAUGAGCACGUUGUACAUGCAAUGGUACAUAAAGAAAACGUUAGUGAUGAAGAUAUAAAGGGGAAAAGUAAUGAAAGUGAUAAUAAAACGGAUACAACAGGUGCAUAUAAAGAUGAAGAGAAGUAUAGUGAAAGAUACACAGAAAAUAAAAUAGAAAGUCACAGAGAAUAUGUGCAUAACGAAGACUUAUAUAACGAAAGUGAAAAAUCAGAUAGUGAUAGUACUGAAGACAUAGAAAUAAUUCCAGAAAGACAUAGUGUUUAUAGAAAUACAGAAAGUUUACAAAGUGGGAGGAUGAAAGAGGUAUAUAAUUACGAUGAUAGUGUUGAUACUGAAGAGUCAGACGAUGACUAUAAAACUGUUGAUCAAACAGGCGAUGCAGAUUAUAUUAGAAAUACUGAAGAUAGCAGUACGGAAAUAGAAGACAAUGCUGAUGACGAUAAACAAUUAGAGGAAGAAAUGAAAUGGUUAGAUGAAAAAUGGCGAAAGUAUGAAAAUGAAAACAUUCAGUUGGAAACAGACAUAAAACAAAUACAGAGUGAGGAAAGGAUUAGCAGUGAUACUACGAGAAAUAGACCAAAUAGAAAUGGAUCUGAAGAAAAGAGGAAGAAUAGAAAUAUCAAAAGUGAUAAAUGUGAAAAUGACAAUGAACGUAGGGACGAAGAACGUAAACUAAUAGAGAAAAUUAAACAGUUAAAAAUAAGAGAAAAGAAAGUGAAUGAUGUUAUAGAAAAGAAUAGAUUACUGAAAAAGAGACAGGCUGAGGAAAUAGAAAAAAGAAAUCAACGUAAGAAAGAAAUUAAAAGACAAAGAGAAAUAAAACAAGUGAAAGAAGAACAAAUAAGAAAACUAAAGGAAGAAGAAAGAAAGUUAAAGAGGAGAAUUAAAGCGAAAGAAACGGCUUUAUUAUCAGAUGAAGAAAGUGAUGAAAAAAGUAAUAGUGAUGACGAAGUAAGAGAAAGAAAAUCAGCUAAAAAUUAUAAAUCAGAAAGUUGGAAAGGAAAAUUACACAAACCUAACAUUCCAUCCUUAACAGAAACAACCUUCGAGGAAUGGAAAAUCGAAGUAGAGAUUAUUCUUAAGUCAGGGUUAUAUGAAGAACAUAUAUUGAGACAGGCAGUUAGAAAUUCACUUUGUGGACAAACACGGAAAAUACUAUUGACAAUGAGUUCAGAUGCUACAACAAGAGAAAUCAUAGAUAAGCUAGAUAGUAUUUUUGGUAACGUCAGAUCAGGAGAAUCAGUCUUGUCAGAGUUUUAUAUGUCACGACAGAAACGAAGUGAAACCAUUUCAGAAUGGGCAUUAAGAUUAGAAGGAAUUUUACAAAGAGCGAUAGUAAAGGGUCAUGUUAAAGAAGACCAGAAAGAUGAAAUGUUGAAAGUGAGAUUCUGGAGGCAUUUAUACAGCGAUGACUUGAAAAAUGCGACAAGAUUGUGCUUUGAAACCGCAAAGUCAUUUGAAGAGUUAAGAAGGAAAGUCAGAAUAGAGGAAAAUGAAAUGUCAACAGCAAGAGAAACAGAAAUAGAAUCCACAGAUAAAGUCACAGUAAAUCAGCAUUUAGAAGAAGAUGACCAAUCUACAGUAAUGAAGAUGAUUUUGGAACGAAUGAAAAGUUUAGAAGAACAACUUCUUAGGCUUCAAGAAAAAGAUAAAGAAGGCACUGAUAGACCUAAAAGAGAAGAAGAUAGAUAUUUAGAUAGACAACCUAGGAUGAGUAGAUAUGAUGAUAGAGGUCGAGAAAGAGAUAGAUAUGAUAGGUAUGAUCGACGGAAUAGAAGAAAUUACACAGACAGAUAUAAGGAUUAUGAGUAUAGAAAUCGAGGACAUGAAAAAGACUACCCAAAUAGAUUUGACAGAUAUGAUAGAAACAGAGAAGGAACUGAUAGAUACGGAAGGAGGUUUUAUGACAGAGAAAGGAAAGUUAGCGACAAAAGUGAUAGAUUUAGAGACACAAGUGAACGGUAUGGAAGAAGAGACUUCACAGAUGGAAAUCAUCGAAGAGAAGAACGAUAUGGGUUCGACAGAGAAAGAAGAUUCAGUGACCGAAUAGAUACUAGAUUUAAAGACAGAGAAGAACGUGAUACAGACAGAGAUUGGUAUAUGAAGAGAGAAGAUAGAGACAAUGAUACGACAGAGAAUAGAACAGAAAUGAGAAAAGAGGAGAAUGACAGAAACAGUACACCAAAACAAGACAACAAACAACCAUUAAAACAACAACAACAACAGAAACCGGAUACGACGAACAAAGCAAACUUCUCCAAGAAUUUAAACCGGUAG